AUGAGCUGUCAGUGCUCCUUCCGACUUGUAAAGCGGCAAGAUGAAGAAGUUUCAACAUACUAUUGAUGUCUAGCUCCUCUGACAUCUGUGACCAGGGGAGGUGGGUGAUGAUGACGCGGAUCAUGUGCCUGUCGCACUUUGUUUACCGAACUGUCAGCCAGGAAGGACACACAGGUUCAAUUACCCGCAGAGCACUGAGCUGAGGAGGACACAAUUCAAAGAGAGAGAACAUAUUUGAAGACCGAUGUCAACAUGACCAGCGGUGGCUGCGUAUUUGUCCUAUUCUGCCUCUUCCAUGUGUCGCUGAGUGUGGAAAUGACAGGCUUAUACGGCAACUUUACCACCCCCAACUUCCCCCAGCCAUACCCUGAUAACACAUACAUGGUGUGGAACAUCACCGUCCCACAGGGCCACAGGGUCAAACUCUACUUCACCCACUUCAGCGUUGAACCCUCAAACCUGUGCGAAUACGACUACAUUCAGGUUUUGGCAGAGGGGAAUGAUACCGUGAGGUUCUGUGGAGAAGAAGAGAAGAAUGAUGAAAGCACCCCGAGGAACACCGUCAUCCUGUCAGCCGGCAACCGCAUGUCAGUGGUCUUUAGGAGCGACUACUCUAACGAGGAGCGAUUCACUGGCUUCCAAGCAUUUUACACCUCGGAAGACAUCAAUGAGUGUCGGUCCAAUAUGCACGAGGAGAGAAUGUGUGACCAUUUCUGCCACAAUUACAUUGGUGGCUAUUACUGCACAUGCAGGCCAGGAUAUCUUCUCCAUCUCAACAAAAGAUCAUGUACAGUGCCUUGCCCCAGCUUGAUGUCGACCAACCUGUCAGGACAUCUGGCAAGUCCAGGCUACCCAAGCCCGUAUCCACCCAUGAGUCUCUGCAACCACACCAUCGCUCUUCCCGAGGGCAACGAAAUAAUCCUGGACUUUAUGGAACCUUUUGACAUAGAAGGACACCCAGACGUCCCCUGUCCAUAUGAUAUGUUGAAGAUUUCGACGGCCGGACGAGAGUAUGGACCGUACUGCGGAUCGGCAACGCCAGAGAGCAUCCAAAGCGGAAGUCACCAAGUACACGUUGCAUUCAGGUCAGAUUCGAGUGGGAAAAACAAAGGAUGGAUGAUCAAGUACACGAGUAUCAAGUCUGCGACCCUCACUUAAACCGAAACUUAAGUGUGUAGACGAAUAAAAAAACAGCAAAGCCU